GCUCAUUCCGGGACAAGAGGAAGUCAGUCCCUGCACCGUGGGCCUGUGCCUCUCUGCCCCCUGCCCAGAGGAAGGGGGAAGCCAGGGGCGCCUCUGGGGCCCAGCCCCCCAAUCCCUCCCAGCAGAGGAAGCCAAGGGCGGCGCAGCAACAAUGGAAACCAGCCAAUUCAGCAGCAAGAGGAAUCAGCUCAGACACCAGGAAGACAUCCAGAGGUCCCCUGAGAAGUGUAACCAAGCCUCUGAAGGGUUCCAUGUAAAGAAGCCCUAGUCUACACGCUCUGUGCCUGAUGGAGGAAGCAGCAGUGCAUGGAGCACCAAGCUGUUCUCAAAAGACCAUCUGCUUUAUCUGAAGACUUUGAGCCACUGAAGAGCUGGGACGCUCGAGCACCAUCUUACCUGAGUCGGGGACAAGUGACUUGAAUACACGCUAUUUCUUGGCAGCUGCGGAAUCCUGUCUGGGAGCAGGUCUCUGGGGCAGGAUGGCCCAGGAGCUAAGCGAGAAGGAGCUACUGAAGAUGGAGGUGGAACAGCUGAAGAAGGAAGUGAAGAACCCAAGAGCUCUGAUUUCCAAGACAGGAAAGGAAAUCAAGGAGUAUGUGGAGGCUGAAGCAGGAAACGACCCUCUCCUCAAAGGCAUCCCUGAAGACAAGAAUCCCUUCAAAGAAAAAGGUGGUUGUUUGAUAAGCUGAUGGCCCUGGAGCCCCUCCCCCUGGAAAUCUGUCCCUGC